AUGGCGGAGAACUCAUUCGUACCUGGGACUAUACACCUAGUGGACAUACAAGGUACUCUAAGGGCAAAGCACGCGUCGGGUGGUCAAAACGAUGUUGUCUUGAUCCCAGCUCCGUCUGACGACCCUGACGACCCCUUGAACUGGUCGGCUAAACGGAAGUUGCUGUCGACAGCAAGCAUUGCUAUCUAUACGUUCGCUAUCGGCACUAGCUCCGCAGCCAUAUACUCAAUCCUAGAGCCCAUAGAGAAUGAUACUGGUUUGACCUUGAACGACCUUAAUGCAGGGACAGGUUAUAUGUUUUUACUGUUUGGGUGGGGAUGCUUGUUCUGGCAGCCCCUUGCGCUACAAUAUGGGAAGCGACCGGUGUAUCUAAUCUCGACGCUCGCAACAGCAGCCAUCAUGGUGUGGGUGCCCUAUACGAACACCAAUGGUCAAUGGAUCGCCAGCAAGCUGCUACAAGGGUUUUUUGGGGCUCCAGUUGAAUCUUUGUGUGAGAUAUCCGUAACAGAUAUUUAUUUCACACACGAAAGGGGGACUUACAUAGCGGUCUACGGCUUUUUCCUCAUCGGUAGUGAUUUCCUCGCUCCACUCUUUGCAGGGUUUAUCAAUGAGGGACAAGGAUGGAGAUGGGUCUUGUACUGGUGCGCAAUCCUCAGCGGCAUUAGCUCCGUCUUCCUAUUUUUCUUCAUGGAAGAAACAAACUAUCACCGCAAGGUGCUUGCUGGCAACGAGAUGAAGAAGAAUGGAAGUGUUGGCCCAGUAAUCCACGAUUCGGAUAUACGAGAUGAUGCUGUUCAAAAACACAACAUGGAUACUGAGUUGCACGUGUCAACCAUCACCAAUGAAGAAGGUAGACCUGAUAAUGUGCCGAGGAAAAAAUCAUUCUACCACAAGCUGAAGGUUUUUGACAAGCAGGAGUUACGGUACCCAAAUCGGUUGAAAGACAUGGUACUAAGGCCGCUCAUAUUCCUAAGCUUCCCCGUGAUAUUCUACGCAGGGUUCUCCUACGGGUCUAAUCUCGUCUGGUUCAACGUCCUCAAUGGCACAGCUUCACUCAUCCUUUCGGGAAAGCCAUACGGAUUUUCUUCCUCGAUUGUUGGACUCGCCUACAUUUCUCCCUUGAUCGGGAUGACCCUCGGAUCGUUAUAUACAGGCGGGGUAGGAGACUGGCUCGUUCUUAAGCUGGCGAGACGAAACCGAGGCAUCAUGCAGUCCGAGUACCGUCUUUGGCUCUUCAGCCUAUCCGUACCUCUCGUUCCCGCGGGUCUGAUCCUCUGGGGCGUUGGAGCUGCGCACAACGUACAGUGGUUCGGCUUGAUCUUUGCCAUGGGUGUCAUUGCUUUCACCAACACCGUCGGGCUUCAACUUUCCGUCAGCUACUGCAUCGAUUCUUACCGAGAGCUGAGUGGCGAAGCCAUGGUGACUGUCAUUCUCAUCCGCAACACAAUGAGUUUUGCCAUCGGUUACGGCAUCACGCCGUGGGUCGCCCGGAUGGGACUACAGAAUGCGUUCAUCGUCGCCGCGUUCGCGGGUCUGGCGCAAGUCCUCACGGUAUUUUUCUUCAUUCGAUACGGGCAGAGUAUGAGACAAGGAAGCGUUGGUAGAUAUCAGCAUUACAGGGAGGAGAUGAUGGCUGCGGGUCUAAGUCAUUAG